UGAAUCAGAUUCGCGUUCUAGAUUCUAUUGGGAUCAGAUCAAGCAGUGGAGUGGAUUGAUUUCGACGUCCAUGUUCAGCUGAUGUACAUCUAGUGAGAUUGAUAGAUACAUAUAGACAGAGAGAGGAAGAAAAGGGGCGAAAAUGGCGGUGAGGACUGGGGUUUUGAAGGCAGUUAUUGGUUUAAUGGCGAUUUGCUUGGCUGCAUAUAUAGUGGGGCCGCCACUGUAUUGGCACUUGAAGGAGGGAUUGGUCUCUGCUUCAGCUACUUGCCCUUCUUGUAACUGUGAUUGUGAUGCUUUGCCCCUUCUCUCAAUUCCUAAAGGACUUCAUAAUGCUUCCUUUUCAGAAUGCGCGAAGCACGAUCCCGAUGUGAGUGAGGACACGCAGAAGAACUUCGCAGAGCUACUAUCGGAGGAGUUAAAGCUGCGAGAAGCCGAAGCGUUGGAGAAUCAGCAGCGUGCUGACAUGGCACUGCUUGAAGCGAAGAAGAUGACAUCCCAGUACCAGAAAGAGGCCGACAAGUGCAAUUCUGGAAUGGAGACGUGUGAGGAGGCAAGGGAAAAGUCUGAAGCAGCUUUAUUAGCGCAGAAACAGGUGACGGCAAUGUGGGAGCAAAGGGCGCGCCAAAAAGGAUGGAAAGAAGGAAGCGGCAGGGCUCAAUCCUAGCUGAAUCAUCACACGUAGUCUAUUAGAAAUACCAAAAAAUGUCAUAUAUAGUUUCUUGCAAUCGGUUAACGGGGCAUGGUGCUCUGGUUGAAGGGCAUCACAAGCUCCAAAUACCAGGUGUUUUUGCUCUAAGCGAGCAUCAGCUUCACAAGUAUGAUUCAAGACCGAUGAAUGUUUUCGGAUCUUCAUGUAGAGGUAUCAUUGUCACUAUUAUUGUUACUACUAUUAUUUACCAUUUGGAAGAAUACAUACAGAGUUGUGUCAA